AUGACACCAACCCGAUCACAACGUAGCAUCCAUAGAUAAGAAAAGAGAGUAAGCAGCGACAAUCAUUGCUCACCUCAACAACCUUGAAUCUGGAAAUUCAGUCUGUGAUGGGUGGUGGAACCAUGCCUCAGCGUCGUUAAGCUCAAAUCUGGAAAAGCUUUCUCCUCCGCCGCCAACUUCAUCUUCAUUUUCUUCUCCUAAUAAUCUCAAGCCUCCAAACGCAAACACUGCUUUAUCUACUUCUAUCUCUCACAGCAAUGAACCUAGUAGAGAGCUUAUGCCGGUGGAUCCGAAAGAAGUUGCCAAAAAAGCCAACAGUAGUCUCUAUGAUCACGUCUUUGAAACGGUUCCAUCUCAACGGGAAGUUGAGGAUCCCAUAUCAGCUCUUCUAAAUUUUAUAGAAGCGGUAUCAUCCUCGAGCUCAAAUCGACAAAUCACAAGCUCUUCUGAUUCGAGGAUAUUUAUGUCUGAGGGAUAUAAACGAUUAUAUGAUGCAAUCCAGUUGCUGCAAACUGAUCCAUCAAUUAAGAGAUUAGUGGUGUCGCUGUCAUCUGAUAAAGCUAUUUGGGAUGCUGUCAUGAGCCAUGUGCAGCAUCAAAAGCUCCUAGAGAUGCCUGAUUCAGAUGAGAACAAGACACCUCAGAAUUCUGAAGAAAAUGAGCUCGCCAUGUAUCUGUUAAGCUGGAUACUACAGCUCAUAAAAGGAAAAGUCUGGGAAUUGAUAGAAAACUUCCAGUCACUGAUAAAUGAUUUCUUUCAUUCUCCGAAGACGCAACACGUAGAUCCGGCAGUGCUGCACGAGAAACUCAGGUCGUCUCUGCAUUGCAAUCCUCUGUUCCAUUGGUGGUUGUUUCGAUUUGUUUGGAUAAUCUCGACAUAUCGUACAUCAAUCUUUUGCCUCAUUCAUGUCACACCUAUUUCUUGUACAUAAGACACUAGUCUGCGCACCGAGACAUUUGAGAGUGUAUGUAUUAGCUUUCUCAUUGUAUUUGAUUUUAUAAUACAAAUAUUGAGUAAGUUGCUGUGUCAA